UGUAUUUAUAAAUGAGAUGAGAGAAGAGAGCACGAAACAAUAGCGAGCGAGGAAGACAAGAAAGCAACAAUACAAAGUAUAGAUAAAAUAAUAAUUAUAAUAUCAAAGAGAAAGAAAGAAUAAAAAUCCCUAAAACUGCGAGCGUUUUUCGUUAACGGGAGAGAGAUGAGUCUCUAAAAAACCAAAUAUCAUGGAACCAUGACGAAGGAAGAAGCAGCAGCAUCGUAUAGCAUGAACGAUAUCUGCAGUAACGAUCACAAUAUUGACGAUAACAACAACACUAAUCUAAAGCAGCACGAGGGGCGAGCAUGGGGCACGUGUGAGGAGCUGUUAUUGGCAUGCGCCGUUAAGCGACACGGGUUUUGUGACUGGGACUCCGUCGCCGCGGAGGUUCGAACCCGGACCUCUCUCUCCGCCGUCUUUCUCUCCGCUGAUGAUUGCAGGCAGAAGUAUCGGGAUCUCCAGCGUCGGUUCAAGGAAUCCGCCGACGGUGAUAACGAUGCGGCGGAGGAGGAGGAGGGAGGGAACGAUAUCCCGUGGCUGGAAGAGCUGCGUAGCCUCCGUGUGGCGGAGCUCCGUCGUGAGGUUGAACAGUACGACGUUUCGAUACUAUCGCUUCAGUUGAAGGUUAAGAAGCUAGAGGAGGAGAGAGACGGCGGCGAGAAACUAGAUCUGGUGGAAGAAGAAGAAGAGAGGAAACGAGAGAGAUCGGAGAACGACGGCGGUGAGAAGGCGGAGGAGUCCGAACGGGAAAACAGGUCGAUGAACGAGUCUAACUCGACGGGCUCCGGCGAGAAAACCGUCGGAGAAGAAGAACCGGGACGGACUCGCGGUGAUGAUCUAGAUCCCGAUCCGGUUAACACUGCGGAGGAAGGAUCGGGAGCGAGCGACUCGGGCGAGUUGGGCGAGUCAGGGACGUCGGGGAGGAAGUGGAAAAGGAAACGACGGAAAGAUAGUGACGGAGAGAUUAGAUCGGCGGCGAGUGAAUCACAGCCAUUGAUACGUCUUCUUGAUUUGAUUCGGUCCCAUCCGCGGGGAUCUUUGUUCGAACGCCGGGUUCGAAGCCAGGAGACAACGGAUUACAAGAGCUUGGUUAAGCAACAUUUGGACAUUGAGACAAUACAGAGAAAGCUGACGCAAGGAUCUUAUGAUUCUUCAAAGCUCACUUUUUACAGAGAUCUUCAGCUUCUCUUCGCUAAUGUGAUUGUGUUCUUCCCUUCAUCUUCUUCGGAAUCAAUGGCUGCUCAUGAACUAAGAGCCAUUGUCUCUGAAGAAAUGAGGAAAGAGAGCGGGAAAUCGAGUCCCCGGUUGUUUAAAGCAUCACCAGGUAUGACCAGUAUCAAAGCAGAAGCUGCUGAGACAUCAGAACAGAAGUCUUCAGCUCCACUUGUCGUUUGUAAGAGGAGAAGAUUUGUUUCCGCUAAGGCUAAGGCCUCUCCAUCAUCGUCAAGCUUUAGCCAGAAGGAGGAGACAAAAGAAGAGAUGUUAUCAGAGGAGAAUGAGAACGUCGAGACUGGUGGAAGAAGCUCGAAAAGAACAGCUAACAAUACAAAGACGGGCAAAGGGAAGAACAAACAGAAAGAGGCGGAGGAGGCGAAAACGGAGAGGAAGGUGGUGGUUUCAUCAGAUAAGAAGAAGAGCGUGGCUGACUUCUUGAAGAGGAUAAAGAAGAGCUCUCCGCAAAAGGAAGAUAAAGAUCAGAACAAGAGUAAGAAGGAGAGUAAACCGAAACCAAGAGAACUUAGAAGCAACAAUGUGGGUAAAAAGAAGAAGGCUGAGGUGGAGAAUGCUGCUACUCCGGCGAAAAGAGCUCCUGGAAGACCACCGCAGAAGAAAAAUGUGGAGGCGGUUGCGACCGCCUCAGGGAAACGAGGUAGGGAAAGUGGAAGCACAGGAAAGGACAAUAAACAGCCAAAGAAAAGAAGCAGGAGAUGAUGUAGCGUUAAGUAUUGUAUAUCAAUAGAAUUAUGUUUUGGGUUGUUCUUUCUCAAUCUUAGUUAUGGAUUAGGUUAA